CAAUCCGGUCCUGUUGAUUUGCACAGUCAAUAUUUGAAUUUGGCGCCCAAAAUCAACCGGCAGUUAACCGUUCCUAUUUCCGAUGACUCGCGAAAAAACUAAAAAACGAUUCUUUUAGUUUGCUUUUGCUAGAAUUAGGUCUUUUAUUGGCGCGUGUUUUGGUAAUUUUUUCAAAGUAUCAAAAACAGUUAUUAUGGCAGAAUCAAUAGAUGAUUUAUUUGAAUGUUUCGAAGAACAAGAUAACACAGAAAACUUCAGAACACCACAGGGGCCUCCUGUAAAUGGUAAAAAAGUGGACAGCAGGGUUCUUGAGGAACAUCCUAAAAGAAAGAUCGAAGAAGAUGGGGAAAAUCGGCCUAAAAAAAGUAAAUCUGAUGACGUUGAUGUGGACGAUAUCAACUUUGAGGAACUUAAGAACCGCAUAGUAGUUCAUACCAUUGAUACAUUAGAUGCCUGUACACAUGAAGUUGCUUGUCCUCCAGGUCAAGCCUAUGUACCUUUAAAACCUUCCAAAAAUGAACCAGCCAAAAAAUACUCAUUUACAUUGGAUCCUUUUCAGAAGGAGUCUAUACUUUGUGUUGAUAAUAAUCAAUCAGUUUUAGUUUCUGCCCAUACGUCUGCUGGGAAGACAGUUAUUGCCGAAUAUGCAAUAGCAGUGAGUCUGAAGAAUAAACAAAGAGUAAUAUAUACAACACCGAUAAAAGCUUUGUCAAAUCAAAAAUAUCGAGAAUUUCUUGAGGAGUUCAUAGACGUGGGAUUAGUUACAGGUGAUGUUACAAUAAAUCCAACUGCAUCAUGUUUAAUCAUGACAACAGAGAUUUUACGUAAUAUGCUUUACAGAGGUUCAGAAAUAAUGCGUGAGGUAGGAUGGGUAAUAUUUGAUGAGAUUCAUUAUAUGCGAGAUAAAGAGAGAGGCGUUGUCUGGGAAGAGACAUUGAUUCUUUUGCCACAUAAUGUUCAUUUCGUAUUUUUAUCAGCCACCAUCCCAAACGCCAGGCAAUUUGCGGAGUGGGUUGCACAUUUGCAUCAACAACCUUGUCACGUUGUUUAUACUGAUUAUAGGCCUACGCCCUUGCAGCAUUUCAUUUAUCCAGCUGGGGGAACUGGAAUUCAUAUGGUUGUUGAUGAAUCGGGCACCUUCAAAGAUGACAGUUUCAAUGCAGCCAUGGCUGUAUUACAAAAUUCUGGUGAUGCAGCAAAAGGGGACCAAAAAGGCAGACGAGGUGGUUUUUCCAACAAAGAUCCCACACAGACGGACAUUUUCAAAGUGGUUAAGAUGAUCAUGGAGCGAAAUUUCGCUCCUGUAAUUGUUUUCAGUUUUAGUAAGAAGGACUGCGAGUUAUAUGCUAUGCAGAUGUCAAAAUUGGACUUCAAUACAACUGCUGAAAAACAACUGGUCGAUGAAGUAUUCAACAAUGCAAUGGAUGUUUUGAAUGAUGAUGACAGACACUUGCCACAAGUUGAAAAUCUUUUACCUUUGUUAAGACGUGGUAUUGGUAUACAUCAUGGCGGUUUACUACCUAUUCUCAAAGAAACCAUUGAAAUAUUAUUCGGAGAGGGAUUGAUCAAGGCAUUGUUUGCAACUGAAACAUUUGCCAUGGGUUUGAAUAUGCCUGCCAGAACAGUUCUCUUCACUGGGAUGAGAAAAUUUGAUGGUAGUGAAUAUCGAUGGAUCACUUCAGGUGAAUACAUUCAAAUGUCUGGCAGAGCAGGAAGAAGAGGAAUUGAUGACAAAG